AUGGCCGAGACGGGUCCGUUGGCUCACGUCAACCUACCCGCGGGAGGCUAUCCAUCCGUUCAUCGAGUUCAGCCAGUCCAGCCCCUUCCGCCCGUUCCGCCCUCGCCAGAGGUUGUCACUGUAGACGACGGCUUCGCCCGCUUCAUGGCCGGGCUCGAGCUAAGAGCCCAGAGCCUCGGACUCCAAACCGGCCAGUCCGCCCUCGGCCCCACCUCCCACGGCGCCAGCACUUACACCCUCAUCCCCGCGCCGGCCGAAGCACCAGCCCUCACCCAUACCCCCCCUGCCACCACCGCAACCCAACCCGCUCCCCAACCCGCCCCUCCAACAGCAGCAGCAGUAGCAGCGGCGGUAGCAGCAGUAGCAGCAGCAGCAGCACCACCACCACCCCCACCCCCCCUCAAGCACCGCGGCAUAACCUACACAACCCUCACCCCCACCGAGCAAACCGCCCUCCACCCCCUCCUCCUCAACCACACCCACCCCCCGACCCGCCUCAGCCUCGAAGGCUACGCCCUAACCGCCUGCCCCCCCAAAACCAUCCCCACCCCGCCACGCAACCCCCUGCACCCGCGCCACCACGCCGUCGUCCUCGACUGCGAGAUGGCAGGCACCUCCCCCUCGCGCGCCGACGACUACCCGAUCUCGCUGUCGCUGCUGGACUUCUUCACGGGCGCGGUACUUGUCGACGCGCUCGUGCGGCCCGCGGGCGGGGUGGUGGUGCGGGACUGGCGGAGCGGGAUCACGGGGAUUACGGCGGGGAGGAUGGCUGCCGCGGGGAGGGAGGAGAGUGGGGAUGGGGAGCCCCUUGUGGGGAGGGAGGGGGCGAGGGAGAGGGUGUUGGAGUUUGUGGACGCGGAGACGGUGGUGGUGGGGCAGGCGGUGCAGUUUGAUUUGAAGGCGCUGGGGUUGGUGCAUGGGAGGGUGGUGGACUCGGCGGUGGUGACGGCGGAGGCGUCGGGGAAGUUUGCGAAUAGGGGGGCGGGUGGGGGGAAGAUGAAGAUCUCGGGGCAGGCGGGGUUGGAGAAGUUGUGUCGGGAGCUGUUGGGGGUGAGGAUUCGGAGGAAGGGGCAGUCGCAUGAUAGCUUGGAGGAUGUGCUGGCGACGAGGGAGGUGGUGGUGUGGUGUCUGCGGCACCCGGAGGAGUUGAAGGCGUGGGCGGAGAAACGUUGGCAGGUGGGGAAGAAUAAUAAGAAGGCUGCGCAGGGAAAGAAGGGUGGUAGCGGGAGGAACAAGAAGACUACGGCACAGCCGAGCAAUGCCAGAGCGGCGCCAGAUAACGCUUAUAGGGGGCGGGGGUGGGAUUCGGAUGAUGGGUUGCUUCGUUGGGAGGAUGUGGUCGACUACGACUGCUGGCCCAAGUCACCGCCCGACUGGUCCGACUGA